AUGUCUCAUCAGGAGUCCAGCACCGAGAGAAGGUAUAAGCCAUGUCAAGUGUUAUCAAACCACCGAUUCCCCCACGUCAUCUGGUUCGAAGAUGCCCUUCACCACUACGGUGUUCCUACGCUCAAGUUCAAUCUCUAUCUACUUGUCGCGGACAUUGAAAAGGCGGCUGAAUUACUCGUCAAGGCUGGAGGGGCUCUUGAUUCGCAAGAACCACGUAAAAUAGGGAAUGCGAAGGUGGAACUCCCCCAAAAGCGCCUUAUUUCACCCACCAGUCAGACAAUAACUGUCCUUCUCCCGGCUCAAGAUUGGAAAUAUCCUCUGAUACCCGACUCCUGUUCGGACGAUGUAUCGUUGGCAGCGGAGUCAUUACCCGAAAAUUUGUCAUUCCCACCACUGCCAGGAUUCCUUGAUGCACUGAUUGAGAGCUGGUUAGACUGUCCUAGUGAUGACGCUAUGCUGCUGCUUCACUUGGCAUGCCAAAUCUCCUAUCUUUACGAAUAUGUACCCGCCCUGAAACAGCUGUCAUUUGCUGAACAGAUGAAAUAUGAACACCGCCAGUUCCACUUCGAUGUGUUAGCAGGUAUGGAGACGGGCACUGUUCAAUUCAGAAAGCACGAACGUGCUAUUCGAGAUGCAUUAUUGCAGAGCCAGUAUGAACUACGGGAAUGUUCGGCAUCUCGUGAUAAUGAAGACUUGUUCGAUACAGGAAGAGUGGGAAUAUCCUUAUAA